AUCUCCAUUACCAGCGCUUAGUGUAAUCAUACCAGGGUCUAUAUCGUACGAGCAGCCCCCAACAGCAUGGUAAUACACGUGUAGUAUGAACUGAACCCUCAACCUCUCUCUCAGCUGAACUCUAUCCAGUCCCCAUAUCCUUACCCCCGUCUUCCCUUCUCACAGAUUCCGUCCAUAACUCCAUCGCACCAUCAUGCCUGAUAGCUCAGAAAGCCGAUAUAUCAGGCUUGAAGUCAUCAACGGAAAGAAUAUUCGAGUUCCUUCCAAGCACAUGGCAUCCUAUGAGCUUAGUCGAAUGCUAGGCGGUGGUGAGGUUGUUGGAGGCCUUCAAAUGUCAUGGAAUGAGCUACUCGAUGAUGGAGAUGAGCCAUUUG